AUGAGGCCUAGCGCUGGCCCGGGAUGCGCGCUGAGGGAGGGCGAGCAGCAAGUGAGCGGCAGUGACGUCGAUGCAGCGCUCCAGAAAUCUGCUGGGUUUGCUGGCCAGGAUUUCGUCAAGGUUCGAGCACUUGCUGCUGCUCUCAGUUCCUGUUGGGAGGUCCGGCGACAGAGUGGAAAGGGCCAAUGGGCGCGUCUGGGAGGAUCAGGGUUGGGCGUGAGCAUAUUCUUGCUUUGUCCUGGGACAGCUUUCCAAGUGUCAGUGCACUGCAUCAGGAAGACGGUUGGCUUCGCCCGUAACCAGCAAGCCUUCGAUGUGUGGGGGGGGAAACCGUUCGACAACGAUGAGUGGACGGGCACUGGAAGGCUGUCCCAGCACACCACCCAUCUUUAUUAA